AUGGUGGAUAGGGGCCUUGAACCGAAUGUUACCAGUUGCAAUAUAUUAAUUGAUGGGUAUUGCAAGAAUCAUAUGUUGGAUGAAGCUUUGCAGCUAUUCAAGAAAAUGAGACAAAAUGAAUUGAAGCCGACAAUAGUUACUUGCAAUGUACUGUUAAGGGGACUAUACUGGGAUGGAAGAAUGAAGACUGCUCAGAGGUUUCCUAAUGAGAUGCAAUCUUUUGGUCAAUCUCCAGAUGAAGUUUCAUACGGGAAGUUGGAAGAUGCAAGAAAACUGCUUGAUGAGAUGCCAGAAAAAGGAUUAGUUCCUAAUGUAGUAACAUGUACCACGAUGAUAGCUGGCCUCUUCCAUCACAGGAUGUCACUGGAGGCUAACAAAUUAAUCAUCCAAAUGGAGGAGAAAGGUUGUUUAUUAGAUUCUAGAACAUACGACACCAUCAUCAAGGGUUUUCUUCAAGGAAAGGAGACUGAGAAGGCAUUACAAUUUCUUCGCAAGAUGCAUGAAAGAAAAUUUGUACCAAGUGAUCCUGUUGUAUCCUUACUAAUAAAAACGCUCUCAACAGAUGAACUGAAAAAUCUGGUUCUGUUUUUGUGA